AUGGCACAUCCUAAAGAAGUUGGUGGUUACAACCUAGGACGCCUCAUCAUCGAAGGCAAGACUAAGCAAGUCUUCGAUCUACCAGAAGUUCCCGGGCACUGUUUGCUUCUCAACAAAGACCGCAUCACCGCCGGCGAUGGAGUUAAAGCACACGACCUGGAAGGGAAGGCGGCUAUUUCUAACCAAACCAAUGCUAAGGUGUUCGAGAUCCUCAAAUCUGCUGGCAUCAAAACCGCAUUUGUCAAGAUCGUAGCCCCCACUGCUUUUAUAUCCAAGAAAUGUGAAAUGAUACCCAUUGAAUGGGUGACCCGAAGACUCGCUACCGGAUCUUUCUUGAAGCGAAACCCAGGAGUCAAAGAGGGUUUCAGAUUCACCCCUCCCAAGCAGGAAACCUUCUACAAGGACGAUGCUAACCAUGAUCCUCAGUGGUCUGAGGAACAAAUUGUGUCAGCUAACUUCAACUUUAAUGGAGUUACUAUUGGUCAGGAUGAAGUAGAUUAUAUGAGGAAAGCGACUAUCCUGGUCUUCGAGAUUCUCGAGAAGGCAUGGGCUCUACGUGACUGCGCACUUAUUGAUAUGAAGAUUGAAUUCGGAGUCGACUCUGAAGGGAAUAUCCUCCUGGCUGAUAUUAUCGACUCGGAUUCCUGGAGACUGUGGCCCUCUGGAGACAAGAGACUUAUGGUUGACAAACAGGUAUACAGAAACCUCACCAAUGUCACUGCAGCCGACCUGGACACAGUCAAGCGUAACUUCGCGUGGGUCAAGGAUCAGCUCGACCACUUGAAACCUAAUGUACACCACAAAGUCGUUAUCUUCAUGGGUUCUCCUGCUGACCAGGCACACUGCCAAAACAUCGCUAAAGUCGCGAGAGACCUUGGUCUAAAUGUGGAUCUCCGCAUCACUUCCGCCCACAAGGCAACAGAGGAGACUCUCCGCAUAAUGCAACAGUACGAGGACACCCACGGCGCGCUCGUGUUCAUUGCUGUGGCAGGUCGAUCCAACGGGCUGGGCCCGGUGCUGUCUGGCAACACGUCUUACCCCGUCAUCAACUGUCCCCCUCCCUCAGAAAAACUCGUUCAGGACAUUUGGUCAUCACUUUCCGUUCCUUCCGGCUUGGGUUGCGCUACCGUCAUUUACCCCGACAGUGCUGCCCUCAUGGCUGCGCAGAUCAUCGGACUCCAAGACUACAUAGUGUGGGCCCGCCUCCGUGUCAAACAGUUGGAAAUGGCGACCUCCUUAAGACAAACUGAUAAGAAACUCAGAAACCAAGUCUAA